UUAUGCAAAGUAUAUGAACAGCUAAUGAAACAGCUUGUCUUCCUUUUUUGAAGAAACUGAAUGAAUUUUCUUUAAACAAAUAAAUAUUGUUGUUGCUGUUGUGGUAUAAAUUGAAAGGAAAUUAGAGAAGGUGUUGAGCUGAAAAAGGAAGAAGAAGAUGGGAUUCUUAUCUUUGUUAAUGGUGGCCAGCAUGCCUGUUGUUCAGGUUCUUCUCAUUGGCCUUCUUGGUGCUUUUCUUGCAACCAAGAACAUCAAUGUCCUCACUCCCACUGCUCUCAAAGAUAUCAACAAGGUUGUGUAUAUGGUGUUUACUCCAUCUCUUGUCUUCUUUAGCUUUGCAAAAUCAAUCACUCUUCAAGGCAUCAUCAGUUGGUGGUUCAUGCCUGUGAAUAUUGGAAUUAUCUUCCUCCUCGGCAGCGUUCUCGGUUGGGUUAUUGUGAAGGUUUUAAGGCCAGGACGCCACCUUGAGGGCCUUAUCAUUGCUAACUGUUCUGCAGGUAAUUUAGGGAAUCUAAUGUUGAUACUCAUACCUGCAAUCUGUGCUGAAGAUGAAAAUCCAUUUGGGAAAAUAGAUGUUUGCAGAGAAAAUGGAAUUACUUAUGUAUCUCUAUCAAUGGCACUUGGUGGCAUUUUUAUAUGGACACAUACUUACAGUUUGAUGCAAAAGGAUGGUAUUUUGAGAGAAAAGAUGAUGUUAAACUAUGCUGAUCAUGAAGCUUAUCAGAUUCAAACUAAGGUACCGCUGUUACCCGAGGAAAAUGUCAGUGAAAACAAGCAGCAUUUUAUGGAAAAACUGAAACCAACUCUUCAUCGAAUCGUCGAGGAAUUGAUGACACCUCCCAUUGUUGCUGUGAUUGUUGGUUUCAUUGUUGGAGUAAUACCUUGGAUAAAAUCAUUAAUAUUUGGAUUAAAUGCACCAUUAAGAGUCCUGCAAGAUUCAUUGAAAUUACUAGGGGAUGGUUUGCUGCCUUGCAUUAUACUCAUACUUGGUGGUAACUUAACCAGAGGUCUUCACAAAUCAGAAAUUAAGACACCGGUAAUUGUGGCGAUCAUAUGUAUGAGGUACAUUGUUCUACCAAUUGCAGGGAUUGGUGUUGUUAGAGCAGUAAAAGGACUAGGAUUACUGCCAAGUGAUACUCUGUUUGCUUAUGUGUUACUGGUGCAAUACACUCUGCCACCAGGCAUGAGUAUAGGAACAAUGGCUCAGUUAUUCAAUGCUGGACAAGAAGAGUGUUCUGUUAUUUUCUUGUGGACUUAUUUGGUUGCUGCUCUUGCUGUUACUGGUUGGUCCUCUGUUUUCAUGUGGAUUUUAACAUGAGAGAAAGCAUACAAGAAUGUGUGGAAUCAUGUAAUUGUUUGUCUCUUGAGGAAAGAGGCCAAGUGUAUGAGAUGAAAUUGUAUGUUGCUUUGUGUAUUUUCAUGGUAAAUUAAUUUCAUUUUUUCCAUAA